GUCCCAAUGGUGUCUGCCUCCAGUAAAUAAGAAGAGUGACAGGGUGAAUUGCUACUCAUGUCUCUCACUUGCCAGUGAGGAAGAGAACGUCCUGCCCCUCUUCAUCACAUCCACACCUCCGUCCUCUGUGGUCAUGUCGUCUCUGCUGAGGGAGGAGAUGCAACGGGUUUUGUUCAGACCCGCGAGGCAAAGUCUGGUGGAAUUUAUCGAGAUCGAGGAGCCGGAGCUGGGGAGACAUUUCCUCUGUGUCUCGGUUGGCAAAAACCGGCAGGUGCAGUUGUGCAUCGUGCGAUGCCAGAUAAAACAGACACCCACUAACACUAACUCGGGGGCCAAGAGGGGUCUCCACACCAAACGCUCCAGCAUUCAGGAGUGCUACAGGAGGACCGAGACCUGGUCCCUGCAAGACCUGACUCUGGUGGAUGGACGCGACCCUGAUGUGGACGACCCAUGUUUCCUGCUCCACCUGGGCAAGGUGCGGAAAGUGCGGGCCGUCAGCUGCUCGGCCAAGUACACCAUCGUGCGCUCGCUGGUGUCUGUGAGCGAGCAGUACUGUCAGAGGGCCCUGAAGCUGCACAACUUUGACUGGGCCUACAUCAAGCCCACCUCCUUCUACUCCAACAGAGGAGACUGUGUGGUGCUCUCUCAGAUUUGUUUCUAUGCCUUCAACUUGGUCUGUCUGUCCAUGUGUCCUGUGCCCCUGGAUGCCUGA